GGACCCCUCGCUCCCGCCCCCGGGAGGGAGAGCUUCUACCUCUCCGCCCCGCUCUCCACGCUCCCUCGCUUGUGUCGCCGGCGGCGCUAAGGGCGGCUACAGCAACGCCAACAGCCCUCCCCUUCCGUCCCAGCCAGGAGUCAUUCCCGAGCGCUUCUUCCCGUCCAGCGUCACUCAGACAGAUUUCGGGCUGUCGCUGGCGGCCGGCGGGUCGGGCCACGCCGCAGCCCUCCCUCAGGCAAGGCUAGGCCGGCAGCUGCCGCUCUCCGCACGAGCCGAACUUCCUCACUGGGCGGCCGCGCGCCCUCCCCGCCCCCGCCAGCUGCUCGCUCUCCUAGCCCGCUCAGCAGCAGCGGCGGCAGAAGGCGAACUUUCUCCUUUGUUGGGAACUUCUGCUCUGUCCUCGGCCAGCCGCUGCCGGGAGCUGUAGAAAGGCAGGUGGUGGCCGCCGCCACCGCGCUCAGGCUUGGUAAGCGAGCGCACGCAAGCCACAGGAAAGGGCCCUCAGGUUAAAGAUCUCUGCUGAGUCUCAGGGAUCAGAAGGUUGUCUUGUUGUGAAAUCGUGGACAACCACUAAGACUAGGGUAUGCCUCUUCACUCUGCAGAACUGUGGAUCUGAGAACUUCCCUCAAGAAAGAACUUAAGAUUUUGACAAAGAAAAUUCGAUCAGGUAUAAGACUCCAAGAUUACUCCAGAGAAGAAGGACACUAAGAGACACAGAAUAGGGCUUUUUCGGUGGCCGCCCCUAGACUGUGGAACUCUCUCCCUAUUGAGGUCCGGUUGGCUUCCUCAUUAUCAAAUUUUCGUGCACAGUUUUCAGAAAGAGUUUUCAUUUGAAGAUAAAGAAGAGCUUGCAGACAGCACUAAGGAUAUCGAUGCCAACCUUUUAGCGGUGCUGCCAAAAGUUUCUGAAUUAAGAAAACUCUUUGAACCGAACAGGCAGGAUACCUUGGAAAUGAAAAGGAAAGAGAGGAUAGCUAGGCGUUUAGAGGGAAUUGAAAAUGACACUCAGCCCGUCCUUUUGCAAAACUGCCCGGGAUUGGUUACCCAUCGUUUGCUAGAAGAAGAUACACCAAGAUACACGCGUGCAACAGAUCCAUAUAGUCCUCACUUCAGAAGGUCAAAUGAAGAAGAAAAUUCAGAUUCUUCAGUAGAGAAUCAGUCUAGAUCCAGAUAUCGAGCAGAAUCCACUAGCGGAAAAACAAAGCCACCUUCUUACAAUCCUUUAGUCAUGGAUUCCCAGGAACUCGAGUCCAAAGCAGAAAGGAUAGCUAGGUACAAAGCAGAGAGACGUCGCCAGUUGGCUGAAAAAUAUGGACUUUCAAUAGAUUCAGAUGUGGACACAGAAUAUUUUUCCAAAUACACCAGGGUAAAGAAAGAUGAAGAUGUGGCUGAGAAGAGAAUACCAAAGAAUGAGAAAAAAGAGGAUGAAAGUAAAGAUUUUAGUUCUGUGUAUUCAGUGACAACAGAGAACAAGGAGACGAGGAAUGCUGCUUCAGAGUCCAAGGAAAAUUCUGGGCUUGAGAGAUCAAGUUCUCCAAAAAAAGAAAAAUUGUAUUUGAAGGAGGACUAUGAGAUAGAAGCUCCAGAGCCUGGUUCCAAUAGACAUGAUCUACCCUCUGCAUCAGAGAAUUCCACAUCCUUCCCAUUUAUGGGCUAUGACUCCUCCCUAACUGAAGUGCCAAGUUCGCCAAAGCAAACUUGCAGGGUUUCCCUUUCUUCACCAAAGCAGCUAGCUUCACCAAGUCAUUUCCUCAGCGACAGCAGAUUAGGUAGUGCAGGGAAAACAAAACCUGAUUGGUUUCUUCAGAAAGAUUCGGAUGGGGACACACCUUCACUUAUCAACUGGCCCUCCAGAGUAAAAGUUAGAGAGAAACUGGUGAAAGAGGAAAGUGCUUGUGCAAGCCCUGAACUUCUAACAGACACGGUGACUCAAAGAAAGAUUCGCCCAGUGCCUGUUAAUAUCGUGCCUCUUCAGUCAGAAACGUCUGCUUUCCAUAGGGUUGCCAAUCAGCCACAUGGUUUGGUCUGCCAACCAACACAUGGCUAUGUCCAGCCUGCUGGAAUUGCUCAUACAGCUAAACUGGUGGCACCCGAAGAACCAGAAACUAGCCCUGUUUUCAGCCUCCCUGUGCCAGCAAGUGCCGACUUCAUAACCAGAUUCCCAGCAAACACUAAAAUGGAUGAUGAAAAAAAUGACUUGCGUCAGAAUCAUGGAUCAUCGAAGCUCACUUACUCCAGUGCGGACGCUGAGCAGGAAAGGCAGUCAGUUUUGCCUUCAGAGAUUCAUAGCCAAGGGAUGAACAGAGAGAGCCACGUCAGAGGAGAUGAACUUGAGAAACGUACAGUUGGCAAGCCAAAGUAUUUGGAACUUGAGAAAGAGCUAGAGCACUUGAAGCAAUGGUUGCCUGGGCCUCAGGUGAAGACUCAGGAGAACAUUGAAAGGAGUGAAACAGUCAUGUAUCUACAGAGUACUAAAGAGAGAUUUCAGGCUCGGGAAGAGACUCCAGUGAAGCAUAAGCUUCUUACUCGCUCGCUUUCUGAUAGCGGUUCAUCUAAAUUAGAGGUUUUUCAAAGUAAGGAGCAUGUUGCAAAGAACGCAGUGGAGUUUCAGAGCACUGAAGCCAAGAUCCCCAAUGGUGAGAUUGCCACGGUUGACACAAAAGUCUCUGUUGCCCAACUCCGUAAUGCCUUUUUGGAAACUGCCAAUGCCCGCAAGAAACCUGAACUUGAAUCUCAAUUUGAGAUGCCAACAUCAGGUACUGAUUUGUCUGCCAGUGGUGAACGCGAAAGAGGGUCACGAAGGCCAAGACGCUAUUUUACUCCUGGGGAAAGUAGAAAGACUUCUGAGAGAUUUAGGACUCAACCUAUAACUUCAGCAGAGCGAAAGGAAACAGAUAGGUCUGUAUUCAGUCCAGAAAUGUCAGCUCCUGAUGAUGAAGAGACACUGGACGAGCGAGCCAAGCUGAGUGUUGCUGCAAAGAGGUUGCUAUUCAGGGAAAUGGAAAAGUCAUUUGAUGGGAAAAGUAUUCCAAAGCCACAUUCAAGAAAUUCUGCUGUGGAAAGAAGGUUAAGGCGAAUGCAGGAUAGAUCACGCACACAGCCCAUUACAACCGAAGAAGUAGUCAUUGCAGCUACUGAACCUACCCCUGCCUCAUGUACUGUGAAUACCCAUACAAUAGUGGCAAGAAUACCUAAUCCCACUGUAGUUAAGAGCACUGUGCAUCCUACCAGGCUGCAGGCAUCUGCCCACCAAAAGACAUCCGCUAAAGAAGAAAUAAAAGAAGCCAAAGAAGCCCUUCAGCAAGAUCAGUCUGAGGAACCGGACUCCUCCACCCUGAGCUUGGCAGAAAAGAUGGCCUUAUUUAACAAAUUAUCUCAGCCAAUAACGAAGGUAGUCUCUACAAGGAAGAGAGGGGAUAUUAGACAAAGAAGAUCAAAAGCUCGUUAUCAAACUCAGCCUGUCACACUUGGAGAAGUUGAGCAGAUACAGAGUGACAGUGGGAAGAUUGCCCCUUUGUCCCCCACUAUUGUAACAUCAGUGUCAACCAUGGUGUCUGCUUUGUCGCCGGUGUAUAGUAAGGAUCUGCGUGUGAAGGCAGCAGAAGACGAGGUGGUGAAUGAGAUUGGUAAAACAGAUUUGAGAUGCCACUCUUCAGCGGAUAGUGCGGAUACUUCAUUAAAAAACAUCCUGAAAACAGAACGGUGGCAGCCUUUGGUGGAAUUGAGAGAGAGCAACUGGCCGUCAAGGGAGCCUGAAGAGGCAGAGCCCCAGGGAUUCAUAAAACGUGAAGAGAAUGGCAUGAGAAAGCCCAGCUCCUUUGAGGAAGAGCCCCCACAUCCUGUUCCUGAUAAAACGGAGGACUACAACAAAGAGACAAAAUACGCCUUCCCAAGAAAGAGCAGCAUGGAAUUGUUUAGUCCACACCCCCUUUGUCAGCCUCCAGAACAAAAGGAAUUUCUCAGCGACAUCCUGAAGGAUAAACGAGAAGUCAAAGGCCGGUCCUUUGAGGAAAAGAUGGAGUGUGAAGGAAUUGUGACAAGAUCAACCCUGCAGAAAGAGCAUGAUGAGCCAAUUUCAGAACUUGUGGGAACUGUAGCAACAAAGAGUUUUUCUCAGUCCACGGCUAUGGUAUCUUGUCAGCAGCAGGAAACCUCUGAGCUGUUAGAAGGAAAACUAGACUACAGGGAGAGCAAAGCCCAACUUAGGGAGGACACCCUUGACACAUCCAACAAAACGAUGUCAAUUAAAGAAAGGCUGGCACUUCUAAGGAAGAGUGGUGAAGAAGACUGGAAAAACAGGCUGAACAAAAAACAGCAGGAGUAUGGCCGGGUGUCUGCCACUGAGCGUGGCCCUCAGCUGCCAGAGAUGGAGCCGUUGUUUACAAAGAAGGAAGAAGGAGCAGUUACAGAUCAUAAUGAGAUGUCUAAGCUACUUUGGGAACCUGUCUAUGCUUCUACUUAUUCUCCCGCUAUAGCUGCUGCCCAUAAACUUCAUCCUUCUGUACCUUUUAAUCAGGUCAGUAGUGCUAGUUUGAGAGACCCAAGCCCCUUGGUCUUUGAGCGUCACCCCUGGAGAUGGAAGCAGAGGAUGUCGGAUAGCUGCGAAAGUCAAAUGACAAUUGAAGAAAGAAAGCAACUGAUAAGUGUUCGAGAAGAAGCCUGGAAGGCGAAGGGGAAAGGAGCAGCCAACGACUCCACACAGUUCACUGUGGCUGGCAGAAUGGUAAAAAAAGGCUUAGCAUCUCCAACUGCCGUAACACCAGUGGUGUCCCCUUUCUGCAACAGACUGAAGUCAACAGCGCCUAUCUCAAAACCCCUGGAAGAAAUUGAAGCUAGGCCAGAUAUGCAGUUAGAAUCGGACAUGAAGUUGGAUAAACUGGAGAGUUUUUUGGGAAGACUGAACAACAAAGUUGGUGGAAUGCAAGAAACCAUCCUGACGGUCACAGGAAAAUCUGUGAAAGAAGUAAUGAAGUUGGAUGAUGAAGAAACAUUUUCCAAGUUUUAUCGUUGCAUAGAUUACCCCACUUCCUCUUUGCCUCUGGAGCUGGAUGAGGACUUUGAUGCCAUAUUUGAUCCUGAUGUACCAAAGUUAAUUUCUUCGGUAGCAGAGCACAAACGUGCAGUGAGACCCAUACGCAGAGUCCAGGCUUCCAGGAACCCUUUAAAAAUGCUAGCUGCAAGAGAGGACAUUCUUCAUGAAUAUACCGAGCAAAGGUUAAAUGUGGCCUUCAUGGAGUCAAAGCGGAUGAAAGUUGAAAAAAUGUCUGCAAACUCAAAUUUCUCAGAGGUAGCACUUGCUGGCUUAGCAAGUAAGGAAAACUUCAGCAAUGUUAGUCUACGUAGUGUCAAUCUAACAGAACAGAACUCAAACAACAGUGCUGUGCCAUAUAAGAAGCUGAUGCUCUUGCAGAUUAAAGGAAGAAGACAUGUCCAAACAAGAUUAGUCGAACCAAGGGCUUCAUCACUUAACAGUGGCGACUGUUUCCUGUUACUUACUCCACAUUACUGCUUCCUGUGGGUCGGGGAGUUUGCAAAUGUGAUAGAAAAAGCAAAGGCGUCAGAACUUGCAACUUUAAUCCAGACAAAGCGGGAACUUGGCUGCCGAGCUCCUUAUGUGCAGACCAUAGAGGAAGGAAUCAAUACCCACACACAUGCAGCCAAAGACUUCUGGAAACUCCUUGGUGGCCAGACAAGCUAUCAGUCUGCUGGAAGUCCAGAAGAAGAUGAAAUGUAUGAAGCUGCAAUAAUAGAAACAAAUUGCAUUUACCGACUGGUUGAUGAUAAACUUAUUCCUGAUGAUGACUACUGGGGAAAGAUGCCAAAGUGUACACUGUUGAAUUCAAAAGAGGUCUUGGUGUUUGAUUUUGGUAGUGAAGUAUAUGUUUGGCAUGGGAAAGAGGUCACUUUAGCGCAAAGAAAAGUAGCAUUUCAGUUGGCCAAACACUUGUGGAAUGGAACUUUUGACUAUGCCAACUGUGACAUCAAUCCUCUGGAUCCUGGUGAAUGCAACCCCCUUAUUCCAAGAAAAGGACAGGGCCGACCAGACUGGGCUAUUUUUGGGAGGCUAACAGAACACAACGAGACAAUAUUAUUUAAAGAAAAGUUUCUGGAUUGGACUGAAUUGAGGAAACCUGCUGAGAAGAACUCUGGCGAAUCCCUUCAGAAGGAGGAAACCAGGUCUGACAUUAAACCAUAUGAUGUCAUGCGAAUGGUACCAGUGCCCCAGACAACAGUUGGCACAGUCCUGGAUGGGAUGAAUAUUGGCCGUGGCUAUGGAUUCAUUGAGGGAGAUGAUGGGAGACAAUUUGAAAUUAUCACCAUCUCUGUGGAUGUCUGGCAUAUCUUGGAAUUUGAUUAUAGCAGGCUCCCUAAGCAAAGCAUUGGACAAUUUCAUGAAGGGGACACGUAUGUUGUCAAAUGGAAGUACCUGGUGAGCACUUCAGUUGGAAGCAGGCAAAAGGGGGACAUACAAAGCAGAAUUGUUGGCAAAGAGAAAUGUGUGUACUUCUUCUGGCAAGGGAGGCACUCUACUGUCAGCGAGAAGGGGACAUCUGCACUAAUGACUGUGGAGCUAGAUGAAGAGAGAGGUGCUCAGGUGCAAGUUCUUCAAGGAAAAGAGCCACCAUGUUUUCUUCAGUGCUUUCAAGGUGGAAUGAUCGUUCAUACGGGGAGAAGGGAAGAGGAAGAAGAAAAUACGCAGAGUGAUUGGCGACUGUAUUGUGUACGAGGUGAGGUUUCCCUUGAAGGAAAUUUGCUUGAAGUAGCCUGUCACUGUAGCAGCCUGAGAUCCAGGACUUCGAUGAUUGUUCUAAACAUCAGCAAAGCCCUCAUUUACUUGUGGCAUGGCUGCAAAGCCCAGCCACACACCAAAGAAGUAGGAAGAACAGCAGCCAAUAAAAUAAAAGAACAAUGUCCUCUGGAAGCAGGAUUGCAUAGCAGUCGCAAGGUGACAAUACAUGAAUGUGAUGAAGGGUCAGAGCCAUUGGGAUUCUGGGAUGCCUUAGGAAGAAGGGACCGGAAAGCCUACGACUGUAUGUUGCAAGAUCCUGGGAAGUUUAACUUCACACCCCUCCUGUUCAUCCUUGGGAGUUCAUCUGGAGAAUUCUCAGCCACUGAAUAUGUAUAUCCAGCAACAGACCCUUUUGUGGUGAAUUCUAUGCCAUUCCUGCAGGAAGACCUCUACACAGCUCCCCAACCAGCCCUCUUCCUUGUCGACAAUCACCAUGAAGUGUACCUCUGGCAAGGCUGGUGGCCUGUGGAAAAUAAAAUAGCAGGAUCAGCCCGAAUCCGUUGGGCUUCGGACAGGAAAUGUGCCAUGGAAACCGUCCUUCAGUACUGCAAAGGAAAGAAUGUGAAGAAACCCCCUAAAUCUUACCUAAUUCAUGCUGGUCUUGAACCACUGACAUUCACCAAUAUGUUUCCCAGCUGGGAACACAGAGAAGACAUUGCAGAGAUCACAGAAAUGGAUGCUGAAGCUUCUAACCAGAUAAUCCUUGUAGAAGAUGUGUUGGCCAAAUUGUGCAAAAAGCUGUACCCACUGGCUGAGCUUUUAGCAAGACCCCUCCCAGAGGGAGUGGAUCCACUAAAUCUUGAAAUCUACCUUUCAGAUGAGGAUUUUGAGGCUGGGUUGCAGAUGACAAGAGAAGAAUAUAAUGCACUGCCUUCCUGGAAACAGGUGAACCUCAAAAAGGCAAAAGGGCUCUUCUAAACAUCAUGGCCAUGUUGCAGUUAAGGGCUAAAGCUGGAGUGGGAUCUUUCGUCAUUUUCAGCACCUCAUGCAAAAAAGCAGCAUGUUUCCUGGUGCCCGUCUGUUUUCACCAAGCCAACUAGAAACCGCCUGAAGACUCUAGAUUACUGCCUAUUCUUCAGUCAUGUAAUAUUGUAAAUGUGUGAGAAAACUCUUUGGCAAACUCUUUAUUUUUGUUGAGGGAGACUUGAAGGGCUGAGUCAUGUUUAUGGAUCGUGUUCUGCUUUGUACUUGAGCGGUAGCAACUCAGGCUGCUGCAGCUGAUCUUUUAACUACAUACACUACUUGCCAUCUGGGUUUUGAAGAUGUUCCCUUUGUAAAGUGACAUUUUGUUUAAAGCUGUGGAUUUUGAAAAAGAAUUUAUAUUUAUAUAAAACACAUAGGACAAGGAUCUAUUUAACAAUGCAAUGUGUAUUAUUCACUUUCGAGACCUGUUAAGAAAGAGCUUCAGGAAAAUAGCUCAACUGCACAGUUACUUGGUCUGAAUUAAGUAAACUACCAAUUAUGUGUUUGUGUGUUUCUCUCUCUCUCUCUCUCUCUCUCUCUCUCUCUCCUCAUUCUCAUUCUGAAUGGUUUCUAAUUUUAAUAGGCAAUGAAUUGGUCUCAAUGCUGCUUCAGGUGCUAAACUGAACAAAGCGUUAUAUCACAUGGAACCUUGGGAAACUCUCCAGAUCCAACUUUGAUAUACUUUGCUAUCCCAAAAAAUGUAUAGUGCCUUGGGGUUUUUUUUGUGUACAGUUUAUAUACAAAAAGAUUGGUCUGCUUUUUGAAGAUGGCUCCGAAAAGUCUCCCAUGCUCUACUUUUAUAAUGGUAGAAAUAAAAAAACAUCUCAGUUUCUAAUAACUUGUUGAAACAUAAACUGUCUUUUGUGACAAAGACUUAAAGCAAAGCUUCAGAAUAAACUCUUAGCAAUGCGUGGACUUGUUCUUGUUCUCACCCAUGUAGUCUGCAAUUAGAUAACUGAUUCUAUCAUUAAAAAUAUUGUUUCAGAAAUGCACACAGAAAACAAUUUAAUCGUGCUGUGAACAAAGGGCAGCAGCUGGUUCAGAGAAAUAUAUUUCUGAUAAAGAGAGAAUUGUUGUACAUGAUCCAGAGCUUUACGUGCAAAGUAACUUUUUGCCACCAUCCUUAUGAAAUGUUAUGUACAAGCAAUCAAGAUUCCCCAUUGUACAUGGAGUUCCCUGCUCAUAGAAGAAUGAAUGGUACUGCUCUUGCAUAAUCAGAGCCUGUGGAUUACGUAUGUCAAAUUUCUGCAUUAUCAGGGACCCUUCUGUUACCCAGAGAAAGUCUUGAAAUAACUGAACCCUUCACACAUCAGGAUCAUCAUCUAAUGCUAAGGGCUUUGCCAGGAUGGGAUCAGGUGAUAAGCAGUUGUCAUUUUGUGGGGGAGGUGGGACUGAGGAAUGGAUAUCCUUCCUGAAAGAUAAGAGGCAGAUUGGCAGUGCCUUUCUUGAACUCACCUAAGGUAUCAAGCAUUUGAAAUACAUAGUCUCACUUCUUCGUUUGCUUAUGAGUGAAACAGAAUAAAAUUUAUCACACUUUGAUUAAGCUGUGGUAAGGUAAAUGGGAGCCAGAUAGAAUUGCCUUAGGGUCCAGAUUUGGUCCAUGGAUCACUGCUCUAGAUCUUAGCUGGCUUCUCAUUCUCUGCUCAGUUUCAAACUUCUUAAGAAAUAGUUUAAUUCUGAGCAAAAUUCUUGCAACUGAUUUUUUCUCGCACUGAAUUAUAUUUUGAUUUUCAUAGAGGAUGCAUCGCCAUAUCUGGUUACCACUUUAUUCACUUUGAAUUACUGCUACGUAUUUGAAAGAUUUCCUCCUUUUAUGCCAGCCUCUAUACCUUCAAAGAGAUACAAUAUAGGGUGUUGUAUUUUCUGUGCUUGCAAAUUCAGGAAAGCACUUCAGUAGACUGUAACAGCUGACAAUUACCUUUACAGAGGGAAAAUCUCCAAACCAUUGUUGCUAAGUGACAUGACGAUCUCUUCAGAUGCUGUUCUUAACCUGAUAAAAUCAAAUACAAUCAAGUGCACUGAAAUGACUGAAUCAAGUGGCCUUGUUGUAACCUGAUGAAUGACUUAGCCAAGCCCACAACCCCAAAGCCUUUAAGAAAUGUUUUGACUACAUAAGUACUAUCUAAAGAUGUUAACAAAUGCAUCCAAAAGGAAACAAGUAGAAAGUAUAUGCUAUGCUCCCAUGACAUAUGUAAGGCUCAUAUUGGGGUUAAAUCCUGUGCAGAAGCAUGUUUAGUGUGGGAACCUGUAAUGUUCGAUGAAAGCUAAUAAUUUCUUGCUAUGGGAAGAUUG